AUGGGGAAGAAUAGCACUGACCAUAGCAGCUUUGUGAACAGAUCUUUUCUGGAGAGCACCAGACUCUUUGAGCCAAAGGAUGGAGACGGCAACCAGACUAUCCUCCACACCCGAGACGAAGAACUCGCCAAGGCUGAGAUUGGGGUCCUGGCAGCCAUCCUGGUGGUGACCCUGGUGGGGAACCUGGGCGUCCUUCUGGCCAUGUACCGGCUAAGGAAGAAGAUGAGCCGCAUGCACCUUUUCAUCCUGCACCUGGGCCUAACCGACCUCGGGGUGGCGCUCUUCCAGGUCCUUCCGCAAAUGAUCUGGGAGGUGACCUAUCGCUUCCAGGGGCCGGAUCCUCUUUGCAAGGCUGUCAAGUACCUGCAGGUGCUCAGCAUGUUUGCCUCCACCUACAUGCUCAUUGCUAUGACGCUGGACCGCUAUAUGGCGGUGUGCCACCCGCUGCGCACCCUGCAGCAGCCCAGCUGCCAGGCUUACCAGAUGAUCGGGGUCACUUGGCUGCUCAGCUGCCUGCUCAGCUUGCCUCAGAUCUUCAUCUUCUCUCUCAGAGAGGUGCAGCAAGGCUCUGGCGUGCUGGACUGCUGGGCGGAAUUCAAGUAUCCCUGGGGGGCUAAAGCCUACAUUACGUGGAUGACCUUGUGUGUUUUCGUGCUGCCCGUGGCCAUCCUCACCGUCUGCUACAGCCUCAUUUGCCACAAGAUCUGCAAGAACCUUCGAGGGAAGACGCAGAGCUGCGGUCCUUCUCCUGCCCGUACGACUGCUGCUGCUGCUAUUUCUUAUACAGCCACUGUUCCGAAGGGAGCAGAGUGCCAGUCUGGCUCCCGGGUCAGCAGCGUGCGCACCAUCUCAAGGGCAAAGAUCCGCACUGUGAAGAUGACCUUUGUCAUAGUGCUGGCCUACGUCGCUUGCUGGGCUCCCUUCUUCAGCAUGCAGAUGUGGUCGGUGUGGGACAGGAAUGCCCCAAAUGAUGGUGAGUGUCUUUGAGGAGGAAAGAGAGAGGGUCAGGAUUCAAAGACUCACCCUGCUUCCUACAUCACAGUCAGAGCAAGCUCUGGACCUUAGUCAGGGCUCCAUGUGGUGACCAAGUAUAGCUUUUUCUUUCAUUUCCAUCCCACGGCGGGUGGGGAAGUGCUCUUCUGAUUAGAUGAGUAAAACCACCCAGAAGAAAACAGAUUUAAUGCAACACUCGCAAAUAGGUAUACAGUACGCACACAAUUCAGUGACUCCCUGUCUCUCGCAGCAAAUGCACACCAGCUCCUGAUUUGCACAUGCAACCUGGGAGAAGGAAAUCUAUCAUUCACUCACUCACUCACUCACAUCAGGCAAGAAAUGUUUUCCCCGACACACACCUAACUAUAUCUCACCCACCAGCUUAGUAAGAUGCAAUGUCUAGGCUGCUCUCUGUCACAAACACACAUUUAUAACUUGUACCGUAUUCUAGUAGCAACUGCAUUGCUCUGCAUCUCCAUCUAGCUUUCGUCAAGGCAACACGGAAACGACUGUUUUCUAAAAGAUUUGUGUGUGGUGGGGGAGAGGGGGUGGUUUUGCCUGUACAUUAUUAUUUUCACUACGGUUACAAGAUACACCUACAAUUAUGGUUUUGAAGUAAAAUAAUAACAUCACACGCUGUUGAAAAAUUGGUUGCUAAAAUAGAAAUGCAGAUGUGUGAACUAAUAAGCCAUCAUGAUUGUAGGAUAUACCCUCGUGGUGUUUAAUUUCCCUAUUUUGAGUUCUUUACAGAACAUAGAAUCAAAUUAUGAUUGGAUUUGUUACCUAGAGAAAGAUUAUAUAGAUGUUCAAAUAAUAAUUUUUUAAAAAAGCAAGCAAGAGAGAGAAUCAUUAAAAGAACCGAGCACGAGAGCAUCACCCCUUGCCUGGAGGAUUUAAAAUGAAACCCAAACAGUGUGGUCAACUAACCAAUAGCUGAGGGUUGGUAGAUAGUGGAGUCAUUAGAGUGCCGGGUUUAGACUCUCAAAGACCUGAGUUCUAAUCCUCCUUCAGGCACAGACUAUCCUAUUUUACACAUUGCAUGUUGGCUCCUAUGUAUAACUGUGUUGAGAAUCAAAACCAGUUCCAACUACCUACCGCAUGUACCUGUAGAAUACUAGCAGUGUGACAAAUGUCACAUCCAUGCCUUCAGUAUAAUCCUUCCCUAUGCAGGCACAGUGAUUUCUGAAUAGGACUUAACAGAGCCCUAUAUCUUACUCAGUUUCAAGCCACACUCGCACACCCCUCUCUAUCCUCUACGCAGACAAGUAAGAGGCAUCUUUCACAUUUAAGGACACCAUUAUUACACGCAAUUGUAUUUUACAUGUCUACAUCUGCCAGAGACAUACCACACAUUUUUUAUUUGCAUGGAGUUGGUGGGGGGUAAAUUAACUGCCAUUGUUUCCCUCUCCAUUUCAGAGUCCAGCAAUGCAACUUACACCAUCACCAUGUUACUCGCCAGCCUCAGCAGCUGCUGCAACCCCUGGAUUUACAUGUUCUUCAGCGGACAUCUUGUUCAUGAUAUCAUGCACUUUUUCUCCUGCUGUGGGAACCUUCACUCCAACCUCAAGAGGCAAUUCUCCAAUGGCAGCCUCUGUAGCCGGAAAACCACUAUCUUGACUCACAGCCCACAGAGCACCCUGAUUGCGGCUGGUGCCGGUGUUCAGAUGCAACUGGAGAACUUGAAAGAUUUCUACCAGCCCUAUGAGGAGGACACAGUGACUGAAUCAAGGGAGCUCUAG